GAUGUGUCUGAUUAAACUUAGUUUAAACAAUGUUUUUCACUAAUGUGGCAACUCACUUGUAAAUACUUUGAUGACGCGGAGUGGAACCACUUUAAAAUAUAGUAUAUUCAUUAAGGGACUGGUAGAUUGACAUUUUUUCAAGUCUGUCUUAAAUCAACACUCACAUGCCCGUAUGAACAUUGAAAACCAUAAUAAUAACCAAUAUUGCUUCUUAAACUUAGCUGUGGAGUUCAUAAUCAAGUCCCAAGAAAACACAAAUAUCCUAAUCAUUGUGUUUCUACUCCUAAACAAGUUGAUAUGUGCUCUUCAACAAAUUUUGCUUAAGAGAUGAUGAACAUGAAUAAUUGAAAUAUAGGCUGUGUGUUGUCAGGAAAAUUAAUCGUUGAUUCCCUGCACACUUUUUAUAUAUAAUAGCUACAGUCUAAGUGAAGUCACAAGAUAUUGUCAAAGUCUGUUUACAGUUUUUAACCACUAGCACUAUGGAGAGAUGUUUUUCUGAGUGGGUCCAUGUCUUGUUUGUUCACAUACGAGAAUGUGGUGCUACACAGUGCUGCCAAUGGUUUCAUACUGUUCCACUGACCUACACAGGUGGAAAUAUCUAGUUUCAGGUAAUUAUACACUAAUAAAAACAUAGUUAUCAAUAUUAUAUUCUAUUUAUGCCAAUAGCUCUUUGUAAGGUUUGUAAGUGUGCAAUUAAUGAACGGUGCCAUUUCCAUCAAUCCACAUCUGAUAUUUGGUCUCAGUAGUAAAGAGUUUGGCCUGUUUUUUAAUUUACAUGAACUACAUGGACUACAGCAGUUGGGUGGCAAGACAACAAUCCAGAUUAAGGUUUACUUACAUUAAGUCCUUAACCCAAAAAUACUUUACUUAGCAUUUACAAAUGUUUAACAUAUAUUUCAUAAAGUCAUUAGUUGCAACUUUAAAAACCUUUCUGGUAUACUAAAUAGCAAACAAUGGUUGUGUGUGUGUGUGUGUGUGUGUGUAAAUUGCAUGUGGUUGAACUUCUAUCAAGUGUUCAGGUCUAUGCUGUCCAGUGGCAGCGAGUUGUUCUUCCAACUGCAGGUGGUGGAGAGGUCAGAGAUCAGUCUGGAAUGUGUCCAGCCUGAGCAGAACAGUAUAGAGCUGUACGUUGAUGUAGGUGGGAAAGUCCCCUGCCCCGGUCUCAAUUGUAGUAACAACACACAUGCCAUCUGGUACAAGGGUAACAAAGCUGUGUCUGAGCAGAAGAGAUCCUCCUGUCAGAUGGGGGGGACGUUACACCUCUGCCAAGUCAAUAAACUUGAUACUGGUGUAUAUUUCUGUGAUCGACAAAUAAUUGAGCAAGGAGUCAUCUGGACCUUCAGGAGGGCUGUUAACGUCAGAGCCUUACGUCAACCUCACACUCUGAUGUGUAAGGUACAUUUUGAUUUUGAGAGAGAGUUUUCACGGGAGGUGCUGUGGUACAUGAAUUACGGUAGCAACAUGGAGAAUAUGACUCUACUACCAAUGGAGGAGCAACAACAGAGAGAGACAUUUACAGUGUACGAGGUCAUACGAAAAGCCAUCAUUAAAGAGGUGACUCCCGAACACUUGAACAACAGAUAUACCUGCAUCGCCAGCAAUAUUGUCGGAAACAGCAGGGGCACCAUUGAGCUCAAGGAGAAGAUUAAAGUGAAAUGGCCAUCACUGGUUGGGUAUCCCAUUGCUUCAUUGCUGUUGGUAGCUGGACUAGGAAUCGUUUUACAUGUGAAAUGGCUGGAAAUACAACUUAUCUUCAGAUCCCACUUCCAACAUGGAAAACAUGAUGGAGAUGAGAAAGAGUUCGAUGUGCUUCUGUCGUAUGUGUGGAGCCCGCCAUCAGCAGAGGUGAUGGGAGUUUCGACGCUUUCCUCCCAGAGAGGACCUGACACUGAUGAGGAAGCAUGUUUAUCCUGCAUGGACCCGCUGAACACUGAGGAGGGUAAGUCCACCCAGAGGCCACUAGAAGUGGUGCUGCCCCAAGUGUUAGAGGACCGGUGGGGGUAUCGCCUCUGUCUGCUGGAGAGGGACGUGGUUCCUGGAGGAGCAUAUACAAAUGAUGUGGUCCUUGCAAUACAGAGAAGCCGAAUGCUAAUCUGUCUCCUAUCAGCUGACUACCUCUCCAACAGCAAUGCUGUGUUUGUGCUGGAAUCGGGAGUCCAGGUUUUGCUGCAAGACUCUACCCUCAAACUCCUGCUGAUAUGGACCAGUAGAGCCUCAGCAUCCCUCAUCCAGCCGGACUCCCCGCUGCCCACCCUGGUCCAAAGGGCCUUGAAGGUGCUACCCAGUCUGGAUUGGACCUCAGGCAAACCCACCAGCAAUUUCUGGAGGUCUUUGAAGAAGGCCAUGCCUGAUCAGAAAGUGAAGCUGGUUUCACUCAUGCAGAACCAGAAACAUUUUAUCCUGCAGUGAUUUACAGCGUUUUUAUUUUACAAUGCAGCCCGUUACUGCAUUCUACACACCUGAUCUUUGAUUUCCAUCUGUAUCAAAAAUAAACUUUCAGUUAAACAGUGCAAAUCAAUCAAUUAUCAACUCUAC